AUGAGACGCGAGUCCGCGCACGAUCGCGUUCGACAAUGGCUGAAGGCGGUCGAGACCAACGCCGGAAUGUCUGACCUUAUGAACAAUGACGAGUUGCUCGCGUCCAUGAACGUUGUGCUCUUCACCCUGCGUGGCGGCGCCAAUGAAGAACUGGUGGCGGACAUGUGCGCCACUGUAUUCGAGAUGUACCGCGCGGAUGAACCCGGUUACAAAGAGUGCGUUUUCCAACUCAUCCCCGCCGCCGUUUAUGCCUACUUGGACGCCUUACAAGCCCACGCAGUGACGACGAAGCGUGGCGGUGCUUGCAAAAGUCUAGAAGUGUUCCUACUCGGGAUUUACAACAAAGAAGUGUACAGCGAGGUCGGGACUCCGAAGCCGUUGUUAAAAUUCCGGUUUCCUUCUCUGGCACUGGGGUCUAUUUAUCACGACCCGAGUUUGCUGCAGAGCAAUAUGCUGACUGACGCUGCGUUGAGGCGAUUGGAAACCGGGCACUGUGUGCAACUCGGACCAUUUCCGCAAGUCGCUAAACUCGAUGGCGAGAAUCGCACUUCCGUUCUCUCGGCCAUCUUGUAUUGUUACUCGUGUCACAUGACGUCGUAUGGACGUGCGGCUCUGAUCAUUUAUAAAUCAUUCUGCAUCACGUGUUCCUCAUUUCAUCAGGUUGCACCGCAAAUUCUGCUGCACCUGAUUUCAUGCGUAUACUACGCACUCUACAAGGGUUGCGCAUUCUCAGCCCGGAUAGCCGUGGAUGCCGUUUACAAACGAGCCAUGUACGAGAUCCUCCCGGACGUACUAAUGGCAACAAAGGCCGUCAAACACGCCAUCGAAGCCUCAGGCGACGCGGAAUCCCUGUCGCCGUCUUCCUCCGCGUCUCUAGACCGCCACGGCGGCAUUAUCGACAUCACCGCCAACCUGGCUCGACCCCGCGGCAGCGUCACUCAAUUGGGCGGCAUCAAGAACCUGAUUACGAAUGCUUCAUUCCGCACGAAGAAGCUGCCUGAUGACAUUCCUUUGCAAGAUUGCAGCGAAGCCAGCUUGACCGCCAUCAGCGAGGAGAAGGAAGAGGCGGCUCCCAAGGAGCAUAAGGAAACGAAGCUCGGCGCCGCGAAGAACUUGUUGGCUCACAGCAGGGACGUUCUGGCGGCCAAAGCAGCUGCGCAGAAAAACAAGGCUUUGAAAAUUGCGGGCAAAAUUAAUCCGAGUAGCAGCAGCAGUAGCAGUAACCAACAGCAAUCUGCUGCGUCUUCUGGAAAUGAUUCCAGUGUGUCUGUGGACGGAAUCGGCAUUGAAAUGUCGGAAAUCCAUGAGAAAUGA